AUGUCCUCGGAGGUUCACUCUCAUCGCCAUGAGAGGUGCCGCUCCCCUUUCGGUGAAAACAAGGGCUCGAAAAACCGCCAACGUUCAGUUUCUCCCUUUGGUGGUGAUUACAAGUGUCCCUACCGGGAUCAGUUUAACCAUCAACGCCUACAGUAUAAACCGUUUGAAGUGGGCUACCAGACGCCUGAAUUUUGGCAAAAGCGGCGCCAAGCCAGAGAGGACGCAGGUGCCUCCAGCAACUGUAAAGUCUGGGAGGCCCCUCCCCCAGAACCUUACACCGAUUCAGAAGAUGGGGAUUAUCUAGACGCUACCCAUGAAGGACCUCAGCCACCCGUCACAACUUUAGACAAUGACGGAUACAAGAAAACGGAAGAAUGCAGUAAAAAGAGCAAGAAGCAUAAACACCAUCAUCGCCACCACCGCCAUCAUCAUCGCCGCCACCACCAUAAAAAAUCAAGAAAAAAGCAUCAUCGAAGCUCCUCUUCAUCCUCCAGUACUGACAGCGAGGAGGACGAGGCAAGGUCAUUUAUUCGUCAAAUGAAAGCAAAAAAGGCGGAGUUGGAACGGAAAAGGCAAGAAGAAGAACAAGCCACAGAGAUCAUCGGUCCUGUCCUCCCUGGUGCUAACGGGGCUGAGUCGUCGGCCCAGCGACUGGAUUAUGGUAAGGCACUUUUGCCUGGCGAGGGAGCUGCGAUGGCCGCCUACAUUGCAGAGGGCAAGCGGAUUCCACGUCGUGGCGAGAUCGGGCUUACUUCUGAAGAAAUCGAAAAGUUUGAAAAGUCCGGCUACGUCAUGUCAGGUAGCCGACACCAUCGUAUGGAGGCUGUGCGUCUAAGAAAAGAAAACCAAAUAUACUCAGCAGAUGAAAAACGAGCCCUCGAGAGUUUUAACCAUACGGAGAGAGCCAAGCGAGAAGCCAAGUUGCAGGCCCAAUUUAAGGCCCUUGUUAAAAAGAAACUGGAAGAUAAGCAGACUUCGGGAAUGUAA